CCGCUUCAAUUUCAACUUAUUUUAGAUUUGCUUCCAAUUUUUUGAGCAUAUUUUAGAUAUUUAAUGCUUGGUGAUGAAUUAAUUAGUAUGAGAACUUAGUUAGUGUUGUUGAUGAGGGUUCUCAGUAUUAAAUUAUAUUGUAAAAUAAAAUAAGUUGCCUAAUGUUAAAAUUUCAUUAGACCUUGACAAAAAAAAAAGUAUAGACUAAAGUAGAGAAAAAAAAGGAAGAUAUAACAAAUAAACCCAAGUAAAAAUACAAAAACUUGAUAACGAUCAUCGUAAUUAUCGGAACGUCUAAGUAAGUGAUAACGAUUAAUAUGGCCAUACGAUUCUUCCCGUUGCCAAUUUGAUUUCCAUAAAUACACCUUCAUAUCUUUUCUCUUUAUUCCCAACACACACACACACAAAAAAAAAAUGGAUAGCAAAACCUUGAUUUUCCCCAUUUUGGCAAUAGUUUUAUUGAUCACACAAACAGCUACAGGUACGAAAGAGUCGUACACAAACUUCAUCAAAACCAAAUGCAACGUAACCACAGAGCCUACACUUUGUGUGAAAACACUAAUGCCGUAUGCUUGUACCGUAAAAAACAACCCCAGAAUACUUUGCAUAGAAGCCCUUAAAGUAGCGAUAAAAGGCACACGCAGCGCGGGGGUGAUUGUGUCUAAUCUUGAAAAAAAGGAGGGAAUUUCCAAAUAUGAAGCUGUGGCUUUUAGAGACUGCGUAGAAGCUGUGAAAAGUGCAGAAGACGAACUGAGGAAGACUGUUAAAAUAAUAGGACAUCUAAAUGGUGCUGAAGAUAAAGAAUCUCAGUUGCAUAACGCUAUAUCGUACACAAGUUCUGUAUUAACAAAUGUACAAACAUGCAUCUAUGGUUUCGACGAAUUGGAGGAAAAGGCAAAUCCCAAUGUGGAGACGGGAAUAUCUAGAAGCAUGGGUGUUAUUAUAGAUCUCUCCAGCAAUGCCUUGUCGCUCAUUACCCAUCUUUAGUUUAACAAUUCUAUGCUUUCAUUUUUUUAACCCUCCCUAGGAAGCUCUCACUUUGCUGACUCGAACGAGUUUGGAAAUGAGGGGUUCUUACCAUCAAUUUUGUGGUUCAGAUCCAUAGAUUUGGUAAUAAUUCGUUUCUUCUUAUAAUAUAUUUGUGGAUCUGAUAUCAUUUUUA